CGGAAGCGGAGCGGGGACGGGUAAUCACUCAUCCGCUCGUCGUGCAGACAACUUGUCCGUGUAUUAGAGAUGGGAAUGAUGAGGGAACCCGUAAUUAAACAACAAAACAUAAACACAUCUCAAUUCAUCUUCUGGCCUGUGAGUUGUUCGGUAUAGUGCGGCGGCAUCUUUCAGACGGAUUCCCUAUUGCGCCCAUCUCCCACAAGCCCAUCGCACCCAACCAGAGGUACCAAGCACAAUGGCGUCCCGCCGUCACAUUCUCCUCAUCAAUGGCCCCAAUCUCAACCUCCUCGGCACCCGGGAGCCCCAAAUCUACGGCUCAACAACCCUCCAUGACAUUGAGCAAGCCUCCCAGACUCUGGCGUUCUCGCUAGGUCUUCGUCUUACAACCUUCCAGUCCAACCAUGAAGGAGCCAUCAUCGACCGUAUCCAUCAAGCAGCGGGAUUCAUCCCGUCUCCACCGUCACCGUCGCCGUCAAGUGCCGCAACCACGACGGAAGCAGGGGUGGGUCCCGGAGACAAAGUGUCGGCCAUCAUCAUUAACCCCGGCGCUUAUACGCACACGAGUAUAGGCAUCCGCGACGCGCUUCUGGGGACAGGAAUUCCGUUUGUGGAGGUUCAUGUGUCGAAUGUGCAUGCGAGAGAGGCGUUCAGACAUCAUAGUUACUUGAGUGACAAGGCGGUGGCAGUCGUUUGCGGUUUGGGGCCGUUUGGGUAUAGUGCUGCGCUGGAGUUUCUUGGGAGACACAUGAAGUUUUGAGAACGUCAUUGGGAUGGGAUGCUAAUCUUCAACGUCCAAGUUGGCACCUGCAUACACAAGAUGAAACUGGUUAUCUUGAAUCUGUGAUUUAGGUGGCGUUGAUGGCAUUGUAGCAGCUUACCUCUAGUCUAUAAGGUUAGUAUGAAGCGUCGGAUUGAAUGCUCAAAGUUUAGGAUCUCUCUUGCCUUGGUCCACACCGAAGAAGGGAAGUCCAAAAAACAUGGGAAAGCAUGCUUUGAUGCCAGGAAUUAUAGCCCUAUUGAUGUAGAGCCUGGAUGUGUAUUGUCUUCCACCCCUCCAAGAUCAAACUACAGUCAAGGUCGAGAAGAAACUGAGAUGAAGAAAUUAUGAUUGAAUGAAAUGAAAAAACCUGGGCUCAAGAGAACUAUGUCACCGACUCCUGAUACACGUGCCACUCUCCGAUUUGAAAUCUAACGUACCAAGGGAAAACGAGAAAAAAAAAAAUAAAAAUAAAAAAAAAAAAACACAACAUU